CGCGCUCCGCACUGGCACCAACUCAAGGAAACACCACAUUUUGGACAGAAAUGGACUUUUAAGCAGACGUUUUACCGGAGAGAGAUGCACUCCGCGGCACGGCGCGUGUAAACGCAGUGAUCUGAGCGAGGCGCACGAGCUCAGAGCACAACUUGUAGCCCGUUUUAGGAGCGGACAUUUUUCUUUCUAAACUGUCUUCUUUCUUCUCUAAAAUUGGCUCCCGUACAAACAGCCGCGUUGGAUCCCACGGCGUACUGCGAGACUCCGGUCUACAACCCGGAUCUCUGCCCGAACAUGAUCGCCGCGCAGGCCAAGCUCGUGUACCACCUCAAUAAGUACUACAACGAGAAAUGCCAGUCCCGCAAAGCGGCCAUCUCCAAAACCAUCCGCGAGGUGUGCAAGGUGGUGUCGGACGUGCUGAAAGAGGUGGAGGUGCAGGAGCCGCGCUUCAUCAGCUCUCUCAGCGAGAUGGACAACCGCUUCGAGGGGCUGGAGGUCAUCUCCCCCACGGAGUUCGAGGUGGUGCUCUAUCUCAACCAGAUGGGCGUCUUCAACUUCGUGGAUGACGGCUCGCUCCCGGGCUGCGCGGUGCUGAAGCUGAGCGACGGCCGCAAGAGGAGCAUGUCUCUCUGGGUAGAGUUCAUCACAGCGUCCGGUUACCUCUCCGCGCGGAAGAUCCGCUCCCGGUUCCAAACACUGGUGGCGCAGGCCGUGGAUAAGUGCAGCUACAGAGACGUGGUCAAAAUGGUGGCGGACACGAGCGAGGUCAAGCUGCGCAUCAGAGACCGGUACGUGGUGCAGAUCACCCCCGCCUUUAAGUGCACCGGGAUCUGGCCCCGCAGCGCAGCGCACUGGCCGCUGCCGCACAUCCCGUGGCCCGGGCCCAACCGCGUUGCCGAGGUCAAGGCUGAAGGGUUCAACCUGCUGUCCAAAGAGUGCUACUCUCUGAACGGGAAGCAGAGCUCCGCGGAGAGCGACGCCUGGGUGCUCCAGUUUGCGGAGGCCGAGAACAGGCUGCUGCUGGGCGGCUGCAGGAAGAAGUGUUUAUCGGUGCUGAAAGCGCUACGGGACCGGCAUCUAGAACUGCCCGGACAACCGCUCAACAACUACCACAUGAAGACUCUGGUGUCCUACGAGUGCGAGAAGCACCCAAGGGAGUCGGACUGGGACGAGAACUGCCUCGGGGACCGCCUCAACGGGAUUCUAUUGCAGCUUAUUUCGUGUUUGCAGUGCAGGCGCUGCCCGCACUAUUUCCUGCCUAACUUAGACCUGUUCCAGGGAAAGCCGCACUCUGCGUUGGAGAACGCGGCCAAACAGACGUGGCGCCUGGCGAGAGAGAUUCUGACCAACCCCAAGAGCCUGGAGAAACUCUGAGGUAACUCUAGUCCACACUGCGGGCACGGCCUGGACCGGCCCGGCCUUACCCGGAACUGCCCUGAUCUCUAUCUGUUCUGGCCCGAUGCGGACGCUUUUCUAGCCUCAGUUUGAGCGAGCACCUUUGACCCAGUCCGCAUAGGAGACGUUAAAUGAUUGGCCUGUUUUGAAGCGCUUGUUCCACGCGUGUACAUUAGCUGUAAAUAGCCCUCGCCCCCGUGGUCUGCUGUGAGUGUCGUGACGCACCUGUCUCCGUUCCACAGUGCUCCUGUUUACAUGUGACGUACAGCAUCAGACAUUCCAUCGGUUUUUACUUGAAUCCUCUUUAUUUAAGUCCUGACCUUGGUGGUUUUGUUCUCCA